UUUCUCGUCACAGACGAACCUCCCUUAUCCACAAAUGGAUAGGAUCCAUGUGGAUCCCAAAGAUUUUCUCGUCACAGAUGAACCUUCCUAUUUCUAAACGGGAUGUUUGGAGUAAGUGAGCGUUCAAUUUUAUGAAUCCGGAAAAGUCAGCUCUAAACCUGGAAUCAAAUCAUUGGAUUAAUAGCGGUGUAAAUAAGUUCAGGAAGAAAUCAAAGUUUUAUUAACUAAACUUUUAGUCUGAAAAGAAAAAUAUGCCUAGCAGAGACAAAUUAUGUCGCGGCCAUGUGCUUUCAUGCGCGGACCAAGUCAAAAUUGGACUCUGAGACUAAUACGUAUUGCACAUUCCAAACAGAGCUUUAGCAUAUGGUUUUUCUAACAAUUUCUUAUCCCUGUAAUUCAAUUAUACAAUCAUCGCCGAUCAAAAAAGCAAGAAUUUUAUGGGAUCAGUUCUUCCUUACAUGGAGCAACAAGGUUCACACACACUGCAUCCUCCUCGGGUUCUGAUUUUUCCAUUUCCAUUGCAAGGCCAUGUCAACUCCAUGCUCAAGCUAGCAGAGCUUCUUGCUCUCCAAGGUCUCCAUGUCACUUUCCUCAACACCCAAUUCAUCUACAAUCGUCUUCUUCUCCACACUGAUAUCCAAGCUCGUUUCGCGGCCUACCCCGGCUUCUUAUUGAAGACCAUCUCUGAUGGACUUCCCGAUGACCACCCGCGUUCGAGUGACACAUUACUGGAUUUGUUUGAUUCGAUGAACUCGAUAAGCAAGUCGCUUUUGAAGCAGAUGUUGGCAUCAGAUGAAUUGGGAUCAGAAAGUAGCCCUUCAGUGACUUGCAUAAUUGCUGAUGGGCUUUUUGGAAAGUUUACUACAGAUGUUGCUGAUGAGCUUGGCAUUCCAAUAAUUCAUUUCCGUACCAUCGGUGCUUGCUCCUUCUGGGUUUACUUUUCUAUUCCGAAUAUUAUUGAAGCCGGCGAGCUCCCUAUUCGAGGAAAAGAAGACAUGGAUAGAUUAAUAAACAGUGUACCGGGCAUGGAAAGUUUCCUACGGUGCCGAGACCUCCCAAAUUUCUGCCGACUAAGCGAUCUAACUAACCAGAGUCUCCAUCAUCUUGUGCAAGAGACCCACCACAGCAAACGAGCCAAAGCACUCAUACUCAACACUUUUGAAGACCUGGAGGCACCAAUACUCUCCCACAUACAAACUCAAUUUCCCAAAAUCUACUCUAUUGGACCUCUCCACACGCACCUUAAACACAAGCUUGCCACUGUAGCCUCUUCAUCUCAAUCUUCCAACAGUUUCUUAGAGGUUGACAGAAGUUGCAUCGCAUGGCUCAAUGCUCAGCCUGCGAAGUCUGUAAUUUAUGUCAGUUUUGGUAGCCUUGCGGUUAUUGUAAAAGACCAGCUCAUGGAGUUUUGGCAUGGUUUGGUGAAUAGUAAUACAAGAUUCUUGUGGGUUAUACGGACUGACUUGGUCACGAAAGAAGGUGACAGCGCUCAAAUACUCGCGGAGCUUUUGGAUGAAACAAAAGAAAGGUGGUUUAUAGUGGGUUGGGCGCCCCAAGAAGAAGUACUUGCUCAUCCGGCUGUGGGAGGGUUUUUGACUCACAGUGGGUGGAAUUCAACUCUAGAAAGUAUAGUUGCUGGAGUGCCGAUGAUUUGUUGGCCUUACUUUGCAGAUCAGCAGGUGAAUAGUAGAUUCGUGAGUGAGGUAUGGAAGAUUGGUAUAGACAUGAAGGAUGUUUGUGAUAGACAAAUUGUGGAGAAAGUGGUGAACGAUUUGAUGGUGGAAAGAAGGGAGGAGUUUGAGAGAGUAGCAGAGGAGAUGAGUAUGUUGGCAAGGAAAAGUGUGAACGAGGGUGGAUCGUCUUACUGUAAUUUGGAACGUUUGAUAGAGGAUAUAAGGUUGGCAAGGAGCGGAAGAUUUGGCAGCUCUAAGUUGAUGCGUGAUCAUACUCCAUGACAUUACUGGCGGAUCUUGUGUCCCCUUUUUUUUGUUUCCAUUUAUGUCCGUCAUUAAUAUAAUGCUAAAUCAUUGAAAAACAUUUAUUGAAUGAAUAUAAAAAAUUAGCUGCUUUAUAAGAUUAAAUGAAAUUCGUAUCGUUGGUUA